CGCGACACAUGUGCACAGUCCCAUCCACAUCAUUUCUUGUCUAAGGUAAUUCAACAUCAAUCACUCAGUUCACAAAAAAAUGGCAGUCUCGGAUUCCAACAUUGUGCCACUGGCUGGUAAUCUGGGCUCCUGGCGCUUCUGGGAGCCUCUUCUCCUGCUCUAUUGCCUUCGAUCGGUUCUCAUGGGAGACGGCACAGGGGCACGGUCCAGACCUGACUUGGAGGGUGUCGCUGACAAGGAUCCGAAGGACGCUUUUCGCUGCUUCGUGAAUAAACUGAGCAUGGUCUGUGACAACCAGCGUGGCGGCGACACCGUCACCGCCUUCGCAGUGUUGCAGCCAGGAGACGUCGAGUAUCGGUUCGCAUCAAACAGGCGGAGCAGCCAAAGUCUAGUUGAAGUGUGCCGCUUUGUCACCGACCUGCUUAGACCCCUUGGCAAGGCCCCGGCUACCGCCUUCUCUGACACGAACAAGCGGGCGGUCAUGACUUUCCAGAUACUGGGCAAGGUCCUGGGAUUUAAUCGUCCCCGGAUCGAGGUCUACAUUCGCUGUCUCUUGAAGCACCUUGAAUUCUGUGUCGAUACCUCCGCCACUAUAGACCCGUCCUUCUCUCAAAGCCUACAAACAUUGCAAGUUCCCGCGAGUCGUGCAGCUGAGAAGAACUUGAGUAGCGAUAAAUUCAUCCCGCGAGGCCACGCCCUGCUACAAGCCAUCAGUCGACUCUACGACGAUGAAACGUUCAAAGACUUCAUGAGAGAGAGGACCCGCGAGGAUCGGGAGCAGUCCAAUGAAAGCCGCUGGUCCGAGUUGUCCCAUUUCCUCGGCCGUCUACACUCGUACACAGUCGCCGCAAAGGUCUUCAUUUCGGCCCGCGUCCGCUGGCCGGAACUUUUCGAAGCCUUCGAAGUGACAUAUAUUCCCUCCAGCGAGCCCAGCACCGACAUGCCCUCCUUCAGGGGGUCUGCCGCCCGUAUGGUCGAGCGCCUGACCAGAGAUCCUAGCGUGCACAAGGCCUUCCGCGAGCACGAACCGCGCCUUCAGGAGCUCGGCCUGGACAAGGAGAUCCAGAAGAAAAAGAAGCCCAGCAAUUUCCGACCAAUCGUGCACGCCGAGGUCAACCUGAGCGACCACAUCCAGCGCGAGGAGCGCUGCUCGAAUCCGACCGAUGGUGGAGGCUCGGCAAGGGUGCGCUUCUUCAACGAGAGCGUCUUUGGCCGCUACAUUGGCAGCAGCAAGCCGACCUGUCGUCUCUGCGACCUGUACUUCCACGCUCCCAAAGGCCCGGACAUGGACGUGCGCAAGUCGCACCAGAACCUGUACUACAACUGGCGCGUGCCCGACCUGUACCGCGAGGACGGCCAGCAAGCCGAGCAGGCGCGCAAGGAGAUCCUCGAGUCCAUGGUCGCCAGCAUCAAGCAGCAGGCGAUCCAGACCAUUGUCAGUCGGCUGGUUGUUGGCGGCAAGCGCUACGACUCCAACACGACCACGUCGUUUCCUUUUAGCGCGCAGUACCGCUACGACGGGGUCGGGUCGGAGGCGAUGAGGUAUCUGGAGGGUGCUACUAGUAGUACUAGUCUGUCACCCAUCCGUGAGGGUGGUGAAGACUCAGGUAGUGGUACGGGAGUAAGGUCCAACAAAAUGGUGGAUGAUUUGGCCUCGACUCUGGGUCAAGUCGAUCUUGACUCGGAAGGUGAAUAGCUGCUAGUAGGUACUAAUUACCUACCUUACCCGCCGAGCGCGGCGUAUGCCGGAAAGUCGAAAAAGGGGGGCAACAUUUCAAGACUCGGCGCAUGUGCUUGCAGUCUACAUCGAGUAACAAGGGGUAUAGGAUUCUGCAUGGUUUAGCACGAGAUUUAGUUGAUGUAUCUUUGAAUUCUGAGGGACUUACUUCACAGUAGCUUGCGCGCUUGACCCUCUGUGACAGU